GGGUUAAUUAAGGGUAAAUAUAGCGCAGACGUACUUACGUAACGUAGUUUUGACUUUUCUAAGUAAUCCAUUCAUUAGUUGACCGAUUUCACUCUUUCCAUCAUAACAUCCCUAUAUAUAAACCCUCUAUGCUCACACCCACUUCCUCAUCUACACUCAUAAUCAUUACAUGGUCAUAGUCUACACCUAAUUAGCCAAACACACCACAGCACCAAACUAGUUGGCUCAAUUCUCUUUGAAUGGCUUUGGAGGCUUUGAAUUCACCAACAGCAGCCACCACUCCCUUCCGUGGUUACCAAGAAGAGGAGGAGGAGGUUGACCUUCACCUACGCGAGCCUUGGGCCAAGAGAAAACGCUCCAAACGACCUCGUUUUGAGUCGGAGGAAGAGUACUUGGCUCUUUGCCUCAUCAUGCUUGCACAAAGCGGUAACAACAACAACACCCAAUUACCGUCUUCGUCACAGUCACACAAAGAAGCGUCACCGCCGCUGAAACUAUCACACAGGUGCACCGUUUGCAACAAGGCUUUUCCUUCUUACCAAGCACUCGGUGGACACAAGGCCAGCCACCGCAAGGCCUCGUCGGAAUCCAACACCACCGCCUCCGCCGUCGCCGUCUCUGCCACAGCCAACGACAGCGUUUCCGCUUCGACCGUCGGCGGCGGAAGGAUGCACGAGUGUUCCAUCUGUCACAAGAGUUUCCCUACCGGUCAGGCCCUGGGUGGCCACAAGCGCUGUCACUACGACGGCGGAAACAACCACAGUAACAGCAACGCCAACGGCAACAACAGCAGCGGCGUCACUACCUCCGACGGCGGCGCUGCCUCCUCCUCCUCCCCCGCGUUCCGUGGGUUUGACCUGAACCUUCCGGCUCCGCUGACGGAGUUCUGGUCGCCGGCGGGGUUUGAUUUCGGAAAGAAGAAGGUUGGCGUUGAACAAGAGGUGGAAAGCCCGUUGCCGGUAACCGCCAAGAGGCCGCGUUUGUUUUCGGGGGAAGAUAAUGAAGAGGCGUAGAUUUGUUCACAGAAUGUUUAUUUUAAUUUGAUUGAAAUUGAAUUUGUUGGUACGGUGAAUAUGAAUUCACACCAGUUAAUUUAAUUUUCAUUUUAUGUUUUUUUUUUUGUUUGUUUUUAGUAUAUAUAUAGGUGGGAUCGGGAUUAGGUUCGGAUUUUGUUUCUGCUCCUCUGUACAGACAAAAUUUGUUCAUUGCUUUUGGAUUCUUGUUUGCCAUUGAUUGAAUCUAACAAUUGUUUUCAUCAUCAGUAAUAUUUAUGCCAAAGAUAAAUAUACAGGUUAAUUCCCAUUA